UUCCCCUGCUCUCUCUCUCCCCCACUCCCUCUCCCCCAGUCUCUCUGUUUCUCUCUGUACUUUCCUUGGACUGAAAGAUAUCUCAUGAAAUUUUGAGUGAUUCAACACCACAAGCAGACAUCUCCGAAGGACAAGAACAAGGAUUAUUAUCAUGAGUUGCAACGGCUGUCGAGUUCUCCGAAAGGGCUGCAGCGAGUCAUGCAUGCUCCGCCCCUGCCUCCAGUGGAUCGAAACCCCCGAAGCCCAAGGCCACGCCACCGUCUUCGUCGCCAAGUUCUUUGGCCGCGCCGGCCUCAUGUCCUUCAUCUCCGCCGUCCCCGAUUCCCAACGACCCGUUCUGUUUCAGUCCUUGUUGUUUGAAGCCUGCGGCCGAACGGUCAAUCCGGUCAACGGAGCGGUUGGGCUGCUCUGGACCGGCAACUGGCACGUCUGCCAGGCCGCCGUCGAAACCGUCCUCCUCGGCGGCACGCUCCGGCCGAUUCCCGAGCUCCUCGGCGGAAGGUCCACUCCCGACGAGGCCUCUGAGGCCGACAUCGGCGGCGUCAUCAACUGUACGGACAUGUGGAGGCUCCGAGAUCCGAGUCACAACUCCGGUUCCUCCUCCCGGUCCGCCAGGGCCUCGCCGAAACGCAAGCGGUCCACAGCCGAUGACGAGUCGUCCACCAAGGUACUCCAGCACCAAGCGGAUCUGGAUCUCCGGCUGACCCCAACCCUGUCUUUCAAACCCAAGCCCAAACCCGAGACCCGACGACCCGGAACCCCGUCCAUGAACUCGGAGGAGUCCGGCGUCACAACGUGCUUCGAGAGCGGCUUGGUGGAUCACCAUCCGUCCUCUUACGCCGUGGGACCGGAGAGAAAGCUUCUCAACUUGUUCCCCUGAGGAGCCUUCCCUUCCGCCAUUUUUUUGUCGGUGAAUAUGACGGUCACGCCUGCGGAUAUACUCUCUGCUGUAAUAUCCCUAGUUUUAUCUCUUUGGGUUUUUUUUUUCCCGGAAUCCAUGUCCGGCGAGUUUUGGUGAUCUCCGGCACAGGAUUUCUCUCUCCUUUUUUUGUUCUUACUGUUUAUGGAGAUAAAGAAAGGGUGAGAAAAAUGAGAGUUUGUCGGUGGUCCUUAAUCUGCUUCUUAAUUACGUUUUAUUGUUUUUAGCUAAUCUAUAUCUCAGAGUUCUGUGUCUGUGUGACAGUAAUAAAUAUUCAUAUAAUUAAUGCUAAUUAUAUCCUUUUCUGUCCAA